AUGGCCAGGCUAAGAACGAAGAACAUGUACGUCUUUGUUCCAUUUUUUUUCGUUCUGAUUACCUCUCCCCUGACGUCACCAUCGCACAUCACAUUGACUACCAGGGGCUAUCAAAACGUAGUGGUUGCCAUCGACGAGAAUUCCAGGUUCACCAGUUGCCAGCAAGACUUGGAGAACGUCAAGAAAGUGAUACGGAGCACUUCCAUCAGCUUUGGUCAAGGUCUCGAACGUCCGGCUUACUUUGGUGAUGUCACCAUUAUUUUGCCCAAUUCUUGGGCGAGCGAUCCGAUUUGUUCCAGGUUGAUGACGAUGACCAACAUCACAUUGUUGCCUUGGGCUAGGACUCACAGUGCGGAUAUACGAAUCACACCAGAUCAUCCGGUAUUUGGUAGCCAACCUCAUUCAUUCCAAUAUGGAGGAUGUCAAGAACCUGGCUUGUCUAUCAACGUUCCAUCGACAUUCGUCUCCAACUUCACUGACCUGACCAAAGCGAGGAUUAUGGCUCGUGAAUGGGCCCAUUAUCGUUACGGUGUUUUCGAUGAGGGUGGAAUACCGGAUGAUGAGCGCCAUCCCUCUGGCUACAUGAUGUUCCAGACUGAAAAUUCCGAUAAAAUCAUGCGUGCCAAUACUUGCACCGGAGACAAAACGCCGAGGGGAGAAUGGAAUAAUGAGGAAUGCAAGUCGACCAAUUCGGGAAAUUCCAGCUGCGAGUUCCAGCCUGACGUUUACAAUCCAGAUAUCACGUCUUCGUUGAUGUACCGCCCGGAUCUGAAUCACAUGGAGAAGUUUUGCACGAAGGAAAAUCACGAUGAUGGCGUGCCAAGUAAAUUGAGUUACCAUUGCGGCAGUCUCAGUGCGUCAGAAGUUAUCUACAAACACCUGGAUUUCACUCCGGGAGUCACGCCCGCCAAUGCCUCAGCUGAAAUUACAUUCAACGUAAUACAGAAUCCUUUCAGCGGCUAUCACAUCAUCCUCGACAUCGCCUCUUUCAGCAGCAAACUAUUGUUUGACCAAGCAAAGAAUUCUCUUAUGCAAUUCAUCGCCUUCCUAUUGGAUCCUGUCUUGCUAUCCAUCGAUAUGUAUGAUGGUGCCAAUGUCGUCGAAUUGCAAUCGCCCGUUUACUUGGAUCCUGCGACGGCAGAAAGUCUGUUAUUGAAGCUAGGAAAUGUUGGACAUGUCGCUGGCAGUCCAAAUGCCUUUGGUAUUGCCCUCGAAAGAGCACAAAAGAGAGCUAGUUUCGGACAGGACGUCAUCAUUCUAACUGCAGUACAAACUAUACCAGAUAUGACCAACUGGAUCACGUCCUACAAUAAAAAUAAAGUGAUUGUCCAUCUUGUCCAUUUCGGCGUAUCGACAGCCAAAGUGGAAAUGGCCCAGCUGGCCCGCUACGGUAGCAUGCACGUCAUCCCGAAUGUUGCCAACAGCAACCUGAUGAAUCCGUACACCUGGACCGUGAACACAUUGCAAUCAAUCUACGGAAAGACUAGAAGCUAUCGUGCCAAAAUUUUCGAGCAAACCGUUAUCAAGACGAGUGUAUCCGAUACGAAUAAAACCGGAUAUUUCUACUUGGACAGCCCGGCAUCCAAUUUGCUAGUUUCGCUCUAUUGUCUUAACACUGAUCUACAAUUGAGUGUCGAUUACGUUAGUAUUUUUCAACCGGACGGAUAUCCAGUGCGGAAUGAAACUACCGAAGAUGACACAUUUGUGGGCGAAGAUUUCUAUUCAUUUGUAGUUGGACGAUAUCCUGUGGCAACACUCCCUGCGGGAAUGUGGAGUUAUAAAAUUAAAUUCGAUAAAACAUUGACCCCGCAAUUGGUGCAUCGACUGGACAUUUGGGCUGAAGCAGCCGAUUCGUCUCAAGUGCAGGUGCGAACUUGGAACACCGCCUUAGAUAACCAGCCAUUAGAUUACACCAAAGCGCCCGUAGGCCUUUACGCCCAGGUGACGCAAAAUAGAAGACCAGUACGCGGAGUCAACGUCACCGCCUAUGUUUACGUCACUGAUGGAGUAACAUCGAAUCUUUUUACUACACUCCCAUUACUAGACGAAGGCAUUUCAGAUAUGACAACCGGAGAUGGAAUCUACCCUGCCUGGCUGACCACUCCGUCUUAUACGUCACACAGCUAUUCCGUCUACUACAAGGCUUACGGGGUCAACAGUUUGGCUGUCAUAGACAACGGAACGUACACCAGGCCGCCCACGACGGGCAGCGUCAUCCCAAUGUCGAAUCCCAUCGCAACUGGCCUUCAAUUCUAUCGUUACGAAUACGGACCCAGUUUCCAAUUGGCAGCUUUGUUAUCGAGCACUUCCGACCUGAUACGGCCUCAACGCGUCACUGAUCUCACCAUCCUCUCUUAUGACGUGUCAUCCAGGAUUGCCAAAUUGGGCUGGACUGCGCCAAAAGAUAAUUACGGAAGCGGAAAAAUUGUUACGAGGUUUAGGUUGUAUCAGUCCAUCGGUUCAGCGGAGUCCAAUUACACGGAAUUCAAUAAACCCGCCAACGCGGAUGGAUCAGUUAAUUUGACUGUCCAAGUGCCUCAUCUCCAGGACGGUGAAUACGUCAAAUAUCGAAUCGUUGGUAAAGAUUCUUCAAACAACAUGGCUGACCCAUCAAACGUCGUUUCAAUGGCCGGUCCGGCACUCCGAACCGGAGGCAUUUCAAAUUCUGCCAUGUGGGCUUUGAUCGGCGGCGCUAUCGCAAUCCUUGUCAUCAUCCUAAUUAUCGUCCUAAUCCGUUGUUGUUGUCCAGACGAAGCUAAACGAAGACAGAGAGAAGCCAGGCGUAGAGGACGUCAAUGGGUUUCAUUCGGUAACGGGACGGCCAGACGGGCGGACAUGGCGCCGACUACCAGAUACCAAUCGCCUCCGCCAACGAUCCAACAGUGGAACUCACCGACCAUCUAA